CCGUCCCCACGCUCAAUAUCAUCCCAAGCAUAGACCGGUCAUUAGAAUAGACCUGCAGCACUGUCUCUUACUGCAUGUCUGUCUAUGGAGGCAGAAAAUAUCUCGUUACGUCGAUGUGUGCACGGAUUAACUGACCUGUUUGGCUCUAAGGAUACGUGCCCAAUGGCUUCACCGCAGCUUGCUGCUCCCUCCUUCAUGGGGGAUAUAUACACUGCAUUUUACGGACGCAGUAUUACCACAAGCAACUAAGCUGAUAUAAUGUUACAUCGCCUGGUAGCCCCCUGGGUUUUAUGGCCUGCUCCCAGGACACUUAGUCUGUAUCAUUGUUCUCCCAAGGCCUUGACUAUCCAACUGCCCGAGUUCGAGGCGUUUGUCAUCGGGUUCACAUAUUUGGGCUCUUCGCCUUCGUAUUCUCACCGAUUGGUCUUCUGGUCCUUCCUUUGCAUGCGCGCUGCCUUUUGGAUGGCGCAGACAUAUGAUUUGUGCCUAUCAUACCUGUUUCUUCGAAUAAGCCUUGAGACAAAAUCCUCCACUGUGUUUGCCUAUCUGCUCGCGCGUUCCGAGUCUCUAACUCGCUCUCUGACUUGCUUCUGCGGACUCAAAAUUCUUGAUAGAUAUUCUAGCAAACACCAAUUGAUUUACUCACUGCUCGAAUGCAUCGCGUCCUUCUCAUGAGCCAACUCCCGCGAUUCAAACAACCCGCGCCUGGGGGACCCCCUUUGCCUUACCGGUGUUGCUUCGGCCACACCCUGGUUAUCAGUCGACCAAGGGUUGACAUGAGCCAGUAUUGUCAUUUUGAAUUCGUGAUAGUGCCCUUGAAGCCCUUAUUUACGUUCGAGUGUUUUUAUUGUCCAACUAUUUUUGCUUAUGGGACCGCGUCGUUGCUAGGUCCAAUUCAAUGAGUUAGAUUCAGGGGUUCUCCCUGUUUUAUGCCAGCUAAUUUUAGGCAAGUUUUCUACCAAAGUUUGGCCCUCGAUGUCUCCUGAGUUAGACCAAAAACCUUCUGUGCUUUCCCUUUAUGAGCCAGAUUUGACGGAUGCAUCCUAUUGACGACAAGCUCAUAUGAUACAGCGUAGUGCU